AUGGAGAGCACCAUCGUCUCAGAGUUUGACCUCGUAUGCGACAGUGAGCCUCUGCGGCCGCUCGGCGCCAGCCUCUUUUUCGUUGGUGUGGCUGUCGGGUCCAUACUGACGGGAUUCAUCGCUGACAGGUGGGGCCGGGUGGUGACGCUGAUGGCCAGCGUCGUCCUCACCGCCACCGUGGGCACGGCCGCGGCCUUCGCGCCCAGCUACGGCGUCUACACCGGUCUGCGUUUCGCCGCAGCCGUCUUCUCCUGCGGCUUCUUCAACGUGCCGUUCGUGCUGUGUAUGGAGCUGACUUCCAUCGAUGCCCGCGCGUUCUGUGGCAUCAUCAUUAAUGCCUUCUUCGCCGUCGGAGAGGCGCUGACUGGAGUGUUCCCCAUCUUCGUCAAGGAUUGGAAAUCGCUGCAGCUGAUCUACUCGGUGCCAAUUGUUCUCUUCUGCCCCUAUUGGUUCUUUCUUCCUGAGUCACCACGGUGGCUGAUGGCAGUCGGCCGGAAGGACAAGGCCGAGAAGGUGCUAAGAAACGUGGCCAAGUGGAAUGGAAAACCUUUUCCUGAAGAGCUGGUCAUGAAGGAGAGGAGCGGUGGGUCACUCCAAGAGCCCCAAGCCAUCAAUGAAAGCUUCAUUAGCGUGAUUAAGUCACCUGUCCUCCUAAAGCGAGCGUUCAUCCUGGCUUUUCAGUGGCUGGUGGUGGCGAUGGUCUACUACGGCAUCGGCAUGGUGUCCACUGACCUGGGAGGUGACGUUUACACCAACUUCAUCCUCACGAUGCUGAUCGAAAUACCGUCGUACGUGUUCUGCGCACUCACCAUUAAUCCACUGGGUCGAAAGCUGGUGAUAGGUGGUGCCUUCCUGUUAAGUGGACUGGGCACCAUCUGCGCAGGACUCGUGCCGGCCAACGAACUGGAGUGGCUGACGACGACCUUGGCUCUGCUGGGCAAAUUCGGCGCGGCGUCAGCGUUCUCGCUCCUGUACCUGUACACGGCGGAGCUGUACCCAAACGGAGUGCGUGUGAUAGGCGUGGGCGUGGCCUCAGCCAGCGGAAGAAUCGGCUCCGUGCUCGCACCGGUCAUCGCCGAUCUGGGCACGGCUGUGUAG